AUGCCCCUUGAAUUCAAGCGUUCGCUCACGGCCCUACUUGCGGCAUCCCACUCUACCCUAUUUGCUGCGAAGCCCAUCGCAUCUCGUGAAACCUUGAAGCCCAAGGUUGAGAUCAGCUACGCCAAUUUAACGGGGCGUAUGAACGGGAACAUCCAGGAGUUCUUGGGCAUUCCCUUCGCCUCGGGCGCCCUCGCCGAUACAGUCUUCAACCUCAUCGGCCGAACCCGCAGCGAGGACUGCCUCCUCAUCAACGUCCAGACCCCCGUUGGCACCACUAAGGGCGACAACCCCUUCACCGACACCAGUGAGACGGAUGUGAUCCGCGGCGAGCUGCUCAACUACAACGUCGGUGGCCUCGUCCGGACCUCUGUCGACCUGGGCCAGCCCAUCAUCGGCGUCUCGGCAAACUACCGCCUCAAUGCCUUUGGCUUCUCUGCUUCGCGGGAGAUGGAGGAGGCGAUGCAGUGGGUGCAGAAGCACAUUGCUGACUUUGGUGGCGACCCUGACCAGGUCGACGAGGGCGAAGGCGCUACUGACUUGUUCCGCGGUGCCAUGGCCUUGUCUAGUGGCCCGGUCAUGGUUGAGAGUGCUGAGAGGGCUCAGCCUUUCUUUGAUCACAUGGUCGAGAGGACGGGAUGUGCAGAUGCAUCGGACAAGAUUGCUUGUCUGAAGGUUACCGACUUUGACGAUAUCAUGGCCUCCGUCAACGAAGAGGGAAUGCCCGGCAAGAUGGCCUCGGUGCCACUGAUCACUGGCGACAUGCGCGACGAGGGCACGCUCUUCUCUCUCCUCGCUCAGCUCGAGACUCUCUCGGAUGAGGACUUUGCCGACUACUUCCAGACAAUCUGGUGGCCCAAGGCUUCUGACGCCGACAUUGCCGGCCUCAUGAAACUCUACCCCACAGACAUCACCAAAGGCUCCCCCUUCGGCACAGGCAUCCUCAAUGCCGUCACGCCUAAGUUCAAGCGCCUGGCCGCCGUGGUGGGCGACUUCAGCUUCCAGGCGCAGCGACGCAACCUUCUAGCACAUUGCAACGUCUCGGAGCAGACUGUUUGGAACUACGUCACCGACGUGAGCAUCCCGUCGGCAGGCCUGCUGCCAGACUUCGGCGUGUUGACGCACCUGCCUGUGCUGGGAUCAUUCCAUGCCUUUGACGUGCGGUUCUACAUGUUUGCCGGUCUGCCGUAUGCGUUGAGCAAGAAUACGCAGGCUUACCAGGUCACCGCCAUCUCUUUCAUCCGCACGCUGAACCCCAACAACCAUGGUCUGGACUUUGCCGAGUGGCCGAGAUAA